ACAUUCCAGCUCGCAUUCCAUUAAUAGUUGUAAACAAACACUAGAGUAGGAAGGAUAAUUUCAAGGAUUCACAUGACUCAAGGCUUCAUAUCUCUACACCUCAAAGAAAUAACACUACUAGGAAAUGAAAUAAGAGAUGAGUGCUCUCAGACAGCGCUUGAAUCAAGGGCUCUCCCUGCUGGCUAAAGGUCUCCAAAUAAAUGGGGACCAUCUCACCAAGGAGAUAACGAGCAUUGCUCCGUUCCUCAUCCCCUUCCUGAAGAUGUGCUGUGUCUACUUCAUUCUCUGGCUACCCUCGCAUCAACCCACUGUCACUGCUGCAUUCGUCAAAAUACUGCCAAUCCUCUCUCUCAUUUGGUUUGUUUGUCUCCAGGGUGUCUCUUGGCAACCUCACCAUGCUUACAACAGGAAGAUUUUGGUUGGUCUCGUCUGCUCAAUUGCUGGUGAUGUACUGCUCGUAUGGCAACACGAAUUGGUGGCAUUUCUUGCAGGAAUGUUGUGCUUUGGAUUUGCUCAACUUGCUUAUAUAUCGGCGUUUGGAUUUGCCCCUUUUGGUUUGAAGGAGCUGGUAGCUUGCUUGUUGAUUGCUGUCCCUCUGAUAGUUUUGUUGGUGGGUAAAAUAUCCGGUGUGCUGCUGUAUCCAGUGCUCAUGUAUGGUGCUCUGCUGCUUUUAAUGAAAUGGAGAGCUCUGGCUAGAUGCAGUAUCAAGAAUGAAAUUCCGUGGAAAAAGAUAUUUGCUGCUUGUGGAGCAUUUCUGUUUGUUUUAUCCGACUCUUGUAUUGGAAUCAACAAGUUUGUUUGGGCUAUCCCAGCCGAACGUGUUGUCAUCAUGACAACCUAUUAUGCUGCCCAGCUGUGCCUAUCUUUAUCUGUUGUCAACUCGAGGCUGGCUAUGGAGUGCACUCAUUGCAGCAAGAUCAAGUGAGAGAUUCCAUGCAUUAACUUCAAGUGAACAAUCUCAUUAUCACCACUUUUCACUUUUUAUGCACUGAUUACACUGCAUCAUUCACACCAUGUACUCCACAAAACAAUCAUUCAAUUUUCUAUGCAUUCUGAUUAUGUGUGUUCCCUUUGUGUUUCAAUUCACAUCACCCUUAAUUAUUUAUUAUUUAAUUAUUUUUAUCAUUAUUCAUUGCAUUAUUUUAAUUAUAGA